UUCUUUAUAAAAUUUGUUGUGAGACUGAGAAGUGAGAAGUGCAGGUUGAGUUGACAUAACGAAAGGGUAGAUCCGACACACGGAUCGCUGUAACAUCGGUGCACUGUCCCAAACACCAAACGACGUCGUCUCUGGUUACGAUGUUGCUGUUAGCUCAGCUUCCCAAAUCUCAACCAACGAAACCUACAUUUCUUUAUUAAAUAAUAAUAUAAUAUUGUACUACAGUAGUAUAGUAGCAGUGAGAAAAUGAGUACGCUUUUGUAUGCCUAUGGAGGAAUACCAGUGUGACUUAAACUCUCUGAACCAUGUCGCAGCCUUCAAUGAAACGGCUACAUUUAACUCAAGGUUUACUGAAAAUGAAGAAGUGGUAUGGAGGCCUGUUGAUAAUGGCUCUGGGUAUGAUGUUGUUUUUCCUCUACAACCUCAAAGGAAUUCAGCCAGAGAAGCAGUCAGCAAAACAGUCAGCAUACAGUUUCUUCAAUAACCAUACACUACUGGAUGAUUAUAUUAACGGAAACAGCAAUCCUCCAGUAAACUCUUCCAAGGUGGAAAUAAAAAGGGUACUAACACCAACAAAAAGGCCAUUUUUGGUACAUGUUGCAGGGCUUGAUGAUCUGUAUGACAUGAAAAAAUUAUCUAAAGGAGAGAUGAAUGCUGUCCUUAUUUGGGAUUCCUUGCGUUCCCUGUUGUCAAGGUCAGAUGCUUUGGCUGAAACAGCUCAAGGAGUUAAAGAGGCUUCUGUGGCAUGGAAAGAAUUGCUAUCCACUGUUGAACAGCACCAAACAUCUAAGAUGGAUGGCCCAGAAAAUCAAAACUGCCCAUUCUCUGUGACCACAACUGGUAAGGCUGUACCAGAUAGAGGAAUCUCUCUUGAUCUCCCUUGUGGUCUGGUUGUAGAUUCUUCUAUUACACUGAUUGGAAUCCCUAAUGGACAAAACAGAAGCUUCCAGAUUGACCUUGCCGGGCAGGAGCUAGAAGGGGAGCCAAAUCCUCCAAUUAUUUUGCAUUAUAAUGUGAGUCUUCCUGGAGAAAACAUAACAGAGGAGCCGUAUAUUGUUCAAAAUACAUGGACUAGUGAUUUAGGGUGGGGAAAAGAGGAAACGUGUCCUGCUCGUGCUUCUGCCAAUAUUCAGAAAGUUGAUGGACUUGUUCCCUGCAAUGUACAAGCUGUCAGAAGUAACAACGAAGGGAAUGUAAAUGUCAGUCAACCUGCUAGUGAUAUACCUUCUAAUAUUUCCUCAGAAAGUGCACAUAGAACUGCGAAUUUCCCCUUUGCUGAGGGUAAUCCUUUCACUUCCACAUUGUGGGUUGGUUUAGAGGGCUUUCAUAUGACUGUCAAUGGAAGGCAUGAAACAUCUUUUGCAUACAGGGAGAAGCUUGAACCAUGGUUAGUCAGCAGUAUUAAGGUAGCAGGCAGUUUAAGUCUCUUAUCAAUCCUAGCUAAAGGUUUACCUGUUACUGAAGAUAAUGAUAUAGUUGUCGAUGUUGAGAAUCUGAAGGCUCCUUCUAUCUCCAGAAAAAGGCUUGUUUUGUUGAUUGGAGUAUUCUCUACCGGAAACAACUUUGAGCGUCGCAUGGCUUUGAGGAGGUCUUGGAUGCAAUAUGAGGCUGUACGUUCUGGAGAAGUUGCUGUCCGAUUUUUCAUUGGGCUUCACAAGAACAGUAGGGUUAAUUUUGAGUUAUGGACUGAAGCUCAAGCAUAUGGAGAUAUUCAAUUAAUGCCUUUCGUAGAUUAUUAUAGUUUGAUUUCUUUGAAGACAAUUGCGAUUUGCAUUAUGGGGACAAAAAUCAUUCCUUCUAAAUACAUCAUGAAAACAGAUGAUGAUGCCUUUGUUAGGAUUGAUGAGGUACUUUCUGGUCUUAAAGGAAAGCCAUCUGAAGGCCUCUUGUACGGUCUCAUAUCUUCUAAAUCAUCUCCUCAGAGAGACGAAGACAGCAAGUGGUACAUCAGUGAGGAGGAAUGGCCAUAUGAUACAUACCCACCAUGGGCACAUGGUCCUGGCUAUAUUAUUUCUCGAGACAUAGCAAAAUUCGUUGUUCAUGGCCACCAAGAAAGAAAACUCAAGCUCUUUAAAUUAGAAGAUGUUGCCAUGGGCAUAUGGAUUGAACAGUUCAAGAAUGGUGGUAAAGAAGUGCAUUAUGUGAAUGAUGAGAGGUUUUACAAUGCUGGAUGUGAAUCAAAUUAUGUACUUGCCCAUUAUCAAAGCCCAAGGAUGGUGCUAUGCCUUUGGGAGAAAUUGCAGAAAGAACAUCAGCCAGUAUGCUGUGAGUAGAUAUCCAUGUUUUAGUUGUAACACUGAUGAUUACGAGGUUUGAGAACUUUUAAAUGUUUAGGUUCUAUGUUAGUUAUCACUAAUCAUCUUACACGUAUUUUGUAUCAUAUUGUUCAUUGAUUUAUUCAUUCAUUAUUAUCUUUUCAGUA